AUGAAUUCUUCCACUUCUAGAUACGCGCUGAGAAUGCUAGUACUGUGGCUAGUUUUAGCCGUUUGCAUAUUGCUCUGGCGAUGGUGUAAACAUUCCAUGUCAAAACUGGAGCCUCCGGAGUGCCCUGGGGCACUGCCGUUAUUUGGACAUUUGCACCUCAUCAUCAGCGACAAUACUUUUAUAGCGGGGCCAGAUGACGCGUUGACUGUAGCGAACGCCUGCAUUGAAAAGCACUUCGUCUAUGCCUUCGCAAGGCCUUGGCUUGGCCUCGGAUUGAUUACUUCGCCAGGGGCAGUAUGGAAGCGGCACCGUAAGUUACUGGACCCUGCGUUUAGUCACCAUGUGUUGCAUAGGUAUAUGGACGUCUUCAACAAACAAGCGCAUCGACUUAUUGAAAAGGUCGCGGACCAUGCUGAGACUGCAAUGGAUUUUGAGUUUGCUGAUGGUAAGGCUGAAGACAGCGAAUACAUGGAAACGGUGGAUAAAAUAAUAGUAAUAAUGUUUAGGCGAGUUCAAGAGCCUUGGCUCUACUUCGACAUUCUCUUCAAGUGGAGUGGUUUGGAAAAGGCACAAGCCAAAUGCCUCGAAAUAUUAAAGAACGAGUUUACAAAGGUACUCCAGAGAAAAAAAUUGCAGAUGAAACAAAUAUCGAACGUUCAGCCAUGCGAAAUAAAUGGAUAUGAAAAAGGAUCGGAAGCAAAAUCGAAGACGUUUUUAGAAUUGCUGUUAGGAUUGUCGGAACGGAACGGCACUUUCACUGAUGAGGAAGUGAGGAAUCACUUUGACACUAUCAUUGUGGGCGGUUAUGACACAGUUGCCACGACGAUCCUUUUCACCACGAUUCUCAUUGGUUCAUAUCCACAUGUACAGGAGCGUCUUCUCGACGAGUUAAAAAACGUUUGCGGUGAAACUGAUAGUGACGUAACAAGGGAUAAUCUGUCGCGUCUGGUGUAUUUGGACGCGAUAAUAAAAGAGUCAUUGAGGAUUUACUCGAUAAUACCGGCCGUCGCAAGGACUAUCGACAUGGACGUGAAAUUAAAAAACUACACUCUGCGAGCUGGUAGAACUUGUAUCGUUUCGCUGUACGGCAUUCACCGUCAUCAAAUGUGGGGUGAAGACGCUGAAGAGUUCAGGCCGGAGAGAUGGCUGGACCCCUCUACGUUACCGGCCAGAGCUAACGCCUUUGUCGCUUUCAGCUUGGGAAGACGUCAAUGUAUAGGUAAAGCAUACGCGAUGAUUUCAUUGAAGACAACGCUGGCGCAUUUUUUUCGACGCUACAAAGUGACUGCUGAUCACACCAAAAUGGUGUUGAAAAUGGACGUCUUGUUAAAACCGGCCUCGGGGCAUGAGAUCAGCAUAGAGAAAAGAUCAAUU